CAAUCUAGGCGUGUUUCCUGCUCCCGAAGAGAAUCCAGCCCUGCUUACAUCCUACGACACGAAAUUGGAGGAAAGAUUAUUUUACACAUUACUCAAAUAAUUGCUGUAUAAUCAGCAUAGAUCACAAAAGGCUUUACGUAAAUUGAUUUUGAAUCCUUUUAAGAGAAAAGGGACUGAGAAUCCUCUCUGGAUAGACGCUUUUAACCAACCUAACCAAUGACAUAAAUGUCAGUCGGUCAAGGUCCACUCACACUCCAGAUGUGCGUUUAGCAUUUAUACACGUUUAUUUCAGGUCAGCCUCGCUUUCUCAUUCGAAAUCUGUGCACAUCUCGAAGGGAAUCGCUUUCAAAUUGUGGCAGUAUGGGACCUCUUCGCUUUUGGAUCAGGAUUUUGCUUUUUGAUAUUUGAUUGGGACUUUAACCAUGGAUUUAAGUACAGAAGAGCAGAUAUGUAGAGCGAUAGACUUAUGAUUUUAAGAAACACUCAAGAUCCGUGAGGACGCACGGGAAGAAUCCUACAAACAAAUCGCGCACGUGAAGGAAGAAUUGCAUUUUUGCAAAGAAGCUGCUGUAUUUUUUUGUUGCUGAUAAUAACACUUUAAUCGUUCGUUAGUCUCAGGUUAAUCAUUUAGUGGACACGGUUGUGGUUUAUUUCAGGUUAAGUUGACAAAAGACAAUCUGCUUGUACAUUCGCUACCAUGUCGGCGGUGAUGAUAACGCGGAAGGUUACUCGAAAAUGGGAGAAAUUACCUGGGAAAAACACCUUCUGCUGCGAUGGACGGGUUAUGAUGGCUCGGCAGAAAGGAGUAUUUUACCUGACCCUAUUUCUCAUCGUUGGAACCUGCUCUCUGUUCUUCGCCUUUGAAUGCCCGUACCUGGCAGUGCACCUGUCUCCUGCCAUCCCUGUGUUUGCAGUGUUGCUCUUCGUCUUUGUCAUGGCCAUGCUGCUCCGAACCAGCUUCAGUGACCCAGGGGUGCUGCCACGGGCCCUGCCGGAGGAGGCCAACUUCAUUGAGAUGGAGAUCGAAGCAGCCAAUGGGAACGUCAUGGCCGGACAGCGGCCUCCGCCCCGCAUCAAGAAUGUGCAAAUUAACAACCAGAUCGUCAAGCUGAAGUACUGCUACACCUGCAAGAUCUUCAGACCCCCUCGUGCUUCCCAUUGCAGCAUCUGUGACAACUGCGUGGACCGGUUUGACCAUCAUUGUCCCUGGGUCGGAAACUGCGUAGGAAAGAGGAAUUACAGAUAUUUCUACUUGUUCACACUCUCGCUGUCUCUACUUACCAUCUACAUCUUCGCCUUCGACAUCGUCCAUGUGGUUCUCCGUUCUGUGGACUCAGGAUUUAUGAAUACCAUUAAAGAAACUCCCGGAACUGUGUUGGAGGUUCUGGUGUGUUUUUUCACCCUCUGGUCUGUGGUGGGAUUGACUGGCUUUCACACCUACUUGAUCUCCCUCAACCAGACCACCAAUGAGGACAUCAAAGGCUCGUGGUCUGGAAAGAACCGUGUGCAGAACCCAUACAGCCAUAAGAACAUCAUCAAGAACUGUUGCGAGGUUCUGUGCGGCCCGACUUACCCCAGUGUGUUGGACAGAAGAGGGAUGAUGCUGGAAGACUCGACUAGCCCCAUCCCCUCUGAUGCCUCUGCUGCUUCCACCUUAAAGAGCAGCAACCCUGUUUCACAAACCACAAAAUCCUCGGCUCCCCUGAUUCCCAAUGAGCACACCCCUGAUGAAGCCAAGCCCGGCAUUGGUGCAGGCACCCAGAAGAGCACCAGCUCCCCUAAAGAAGAGAAACCCCCUUCGCCAACAUCCCCCAAUGCUGUCGCCCCUGCAGUCAUCAAAGAGUCGGCCCACUAACUUUGAAAGCCUUCUUCUCCAGACUUCUCUCAACCUUCUGAAUGUGCUCACUUAAAGGAACACACACAGAAAAACUCAUGACUCGUUUAGAGCAGUGGCCUGUGUUCUCUGAUACUCUUUCACAGAACGGGACACCCUCUGCCCGGAUCCUGCACUAGUGCUCGAGACAAGAUCUGGAGGUCUUGAGACUCUCCUCCUGAAUCACAGCAUGAUGAAACUCACAAUGAGGGAAAUGGAGAGCCACAGACUGAAUCGAAUGAGAAUGGGCUUCCCUGAAGCGUAAUGAGGACAUUAUUUCCCUCGUAAGAGCUCGUGAAAUGUUCGGUUGUUUUUUCAGUGUCAUUACCCGUUUCUGUAUAGCCUGCCUUCAUUAUUCCUAACCGUUUGUGUGCCCUGUAAAACCCAUUACUAGCUUCUAUAGUAGUUGUGCAAAAUGCCCUUUGGAUUAGUCUUCUUUGUUUUCAAAGUGUGAUAAGAAAAAGUGCUUUAGCCAUAAACUUACAUUUAGGCCCAACAAAACUGCUUUAUUCUGAUGAUGGGGCCAUUUGGAUCAGCUUAGUAAGUCAGUUAUAAAUGUCAUUCAACUCGGUUUGUCAAAGCAGAAAGUUAAGCUCAGACUUGAUUUUACAAUCAGCAUGGCUGGUAGAAAGCAGAGGCUGUAAGAUAUGUUUGUGUCAGUGAGUACAGACUGAUCUGCAUCAGUUAGAGUGCCUUAUCUAUGCUCUACCAUUACAUCUACAGUGGACUCUGCCCUAAAUCUACUCAUACCUGUAAGUUAAUCAACUUCAUUUUUAUACAAUGCUAACGAUCUGUCAGAAUGCAAAAAAGCCAUGGAGUUAAUGUACAUAAUGUAUAAAUGACUGAGAAGCUGCAAAUUCCCUAUAAGAAGUGUAAAACAUGUCUAAUUUAUUACUAUUAUUUUGAUCUUGUCUUAUUUAAAAAGGUUUUUCCACAUCCACCUGACAUAUGAGCAACCUUUCCUUUUUUUUUUUUCUUCCCUUUUCACUAAGAGUCAGAUAUUACUACUCAAGGCCAAAGUAAAUGAAAGAUAAAGUUUAAUUUACAUCUGAAAAUGAACUUUCCUGAGUCUAGGCAUGGAAAAGUCCAGCUGACCAAUUCUCCUUCGGUGUCAUUUAAGCAUGCUUUUGCAUUCAAUUAAGAAAUUGUGCUUGCUUUUUUUUUUUUUUUCUUUACUUUCUUUUCAUCAUUUUUAAGGUAGCAAAGCUUGCCCCAGUGUAUAAGCGAAUGCGUAUUGUAGUCACCUUUGCUAAUUUCACUGUAGUAUGUUGAAGGCCACUUGUAAGGGAACACUUUGUGGACAGACAUCAGGGACCUAUGGACUCAUAUAUUUUUACAUGAAUUCUCAUAGCCAGCUACACAUUUGUUUCAGAGAAGUAAACAGGGGCAGUAUUGCUGUGUGGAAAGUUUAGAAGUGAAC